AUGCCUGAGCGCAUCACAAUCGUGACAUCCUUCCGCCCAAAGAAUCCUACAUCCUUGGACGAGACCACCAAUGCCAAUGUUAGGAAUAAGUCCCACUUGACGGAGCUCUACUUCCAGUGGACGACCUGCAGACUGGAUGUGCUGGCUCAGAGAGCACAUAUCGCGGCCCAAGAAUUGCGAGAAGUGUAUGAGAGGAAUGUGCAUGAAUCCGAUCUAGAAGGUAAAAAGGGCCUAUGUCGAGUUGAGACCGUGGAAAUUAAGGCCAUCGAGGCUUGGGUGGAAGAUCAAAUGAAGUAUACGAAGCAGAUACUGCAUGAAAUGCGCCCCUUGGAUCAAUAG